AUGAUCGCCGUCGCCUUCGACCUCGAACUCCUCGCCGCCAAGAUCAGCGAGAAGCUGAAACUCCAGGAAGCGGCCAAGCAGGCGACCGAGCAGAGAAGAGCCGCUUUCGAGCACAGACUCCGACUCGAGGACCAGUGGGUGGCUCGGCUGCAGUCCAUGCAGACUUCCGACCACGAGGUCCAGGCCGAGUUCCGCAAGCUCUUCUUCCAGGUCAGUUCUCGAAUUCAUUGAAAAGAAUCUAAAUAUCUGUUUUUGCAGUUUGUCCGCACUCCAGAAAUCGCAACCGGCAGCAUCACUCGAUACGACGCUCAGCACCUUCUCGUGAGUUUUCCUCUUUCAAUAACUCGACUUUUUCAUCGAUAUUUUAAAUCCUUUAGACACACAUCUGUGAAAAAUCCCUCCAAAACGAGAACCAUUUUCAGAGCUUGUCCCAGAGUGUUCUCAACAAGCUGGACGACGAGGUAGUCAUGCUCGACCUCCAAAUCAACGAACUCGCGAAGCUCUACCGGCAGUCGUCCCAGAAGGUCAUCCUGGAGAUCCAACGAGUCGGCCACCUCAUCCGAUACGAAUCCGUCCGUCUCAGCCAGGCUCUCCACGACUUCCAGUACAACUGCGUGAGUUUCUAGGAUUAUCCCAAUAACUACUUUGAAAUCUCUAAAUAUCUUUUCUCAUUCCAAUCCAAUCAUUUUCCAGUCGUACGGGUCCAUCUUCUGCGAUUCGUUGGACGAGAUCAAGAACUACGUCGAGUGUCUUCGAAUCGCCGUCUCCCAAGUUCCAGCCUUCGUCGAGAUCCGGGAACAGCUCCAGCUCUAA